UUUGUCUUAUAUAUAUUAUAUUUUCUCAAUAACGUUUCGCGUUUCGCCUUUUUUUAACAAAAAUAUAAUUUUAAAUAAUUGAUAAUUUUCAAAGGGGGAAUUUUUUUUUUUAUUAACAUAAUAGCGUAACGAUAUAAAUAAAGGUGAAAAUUUAAUAGAAAAUUGUCGGAAAGUUUUUAAUUGACUGGGGGGUUUUUUUUUUAGAGAUAUAUAUAGAUAUAUAGAUUUCAGUAUAUAAAAUAAACCAGAUGUUAAGAGUAGACUUGGAAUAUGACAGAAUGAUGAGGUGACGUUUGGUUCUGCCAUGCGAAACAAAUCAAUAGCUUUUGUACUCAUUCUACUAAUUGUAUGGGGUAUUAUCACCUAUUUUUUAUUUCUUGAUCGACCAAUUGGCAAUGACAUUGGCAAGGACAAUUUUAAUAAUGAAUUAAUGAAACUAGAAAGAGCCGUCGAAUCUGAAAUUGCCCUCAAUAAAGAAUUAUUGACACAGCUCAAUGAGCAACGUAAAAAUAAAUAUUCCGAAAAUGAUAAUGUUGUUGAAAAUGAAAAAAUUGUGGAACCAACAAAAAAAGAAAUACAAAAUACAAAUGUAUUUCGAUCAGGAAUUUCCCUUGGUAAAAAAACAUUACCUGAUGGCUCACCGAUAAUAGCGGUUUUAGUAUUUUCUUGCAAUCGUGUAGGUGUUAAACGAUGUCUCGAUCAAUUAAUAAAUUUAAGACCAAGUGCCGAUCAAUUUCCAAUAAUUGUCUCACAAGAUUGUGACGAUCAACCAACGGCCGAUGUUAUUAAAAGUUACAAAGAUCAAUUGCUUCACAUUAGACAACCAGAUCAAUCGGACAUUGAAAUUCCCCUAAGGGAAAAGAAAUUUAAAGGUUAUUUCAAAAUUGCCCGUCACUAUGGUUGGGCAUUGAAUCAAGUAUUUCUUCUAUUUGGAUAUCAAACAGCAAUUGUUGUUGAAGAUGAUCUUGACAUUUCGUCAGAUUUUUUUGAAUAUUUUCUGGGCACUUAUCCACUAUUGGUGAGUGAUAAAUCAUUGUGGUGUGUUUCCGCUUGGAAUGAUAAUGGAAAAGAAACUCUUGUUGAUGAACAAGCGCCACAUUUACUUUAUCGUACUGAUUUUUUCCCGGGUCUUGGUUGGAUGUUGACACGUGAUCUUUGGCUUGAAUUGGGCCCCAAAUGGCCCCGAGCUUAUUGGGACGAUUGGAUUCGUCAUCCAGAGCAGAGAAAAAAUCGUGCUUGCAUUCGACCUGAAUUGUCAAGAACAAGAACAUUUGGGAAAAUAGGUGUUAGCAAUGGACUUUUCUAUGAGAAGCAUCUUAAAUACAUCAAAUUAAAUCAGAAAUUUGUGCCUUUCACAAAAAGGAAUUUAACUUAUUUGCUAAAAGACAAUUAUGAUAUUAGCUUUGUGAAUGAAGUAUAUCAAUCGAGAGUGAUAAACAGUUCAGUAUUGAAGAGUGGAAAAAUUAGUCCACCUGGUCCUGUUAGAAUUCGCUAUCAUAAUCCAAUAGAAUAUAAAUUGACGGCAAAAAAACUUGGCUUAAUGGACGAUUUUAAGAGCGGUGUUCCGAGGACCGGUUAUAGGGGAAUAGUGACAUUUUUUUAUAAUAAAUUACGAGUAUAUUUAGCGCCCGGUUACAAUUGGAAUGGCUACGACAUCGCCUGGAGCUAACACAUAAUUCGUCGUUACGCUCGCGAUCUUUAGCAUGAUUCUAUUUUUUUUUUUUCAUUAUUAUUAUUGUAAAAAUUUUUUUCUUUCCCAAAUUAAUGCAAAAAAAAGGUGCAAAAAAUUUUUUUUUGCUGCAUUCAGAGAUUUUUUUUUUAUUUUGAAUUUGUUUCAUUUUAAUAUUUGUUUUGGUUUUUUUUGUCUAAAUGAAAAAGGGUAAUUUAUAAUUAAUAUCGAAGUACAGUUUUAGAAACUAAAAAACCAAAGAUAACGUGAAAAUCGUGGCAAACUUGACUCAUUAAGAAAAAAAAGAAAAAAAAAAAUUCAAAAUAUUUUUUUCUACUUUGUUUUUAAUAUUUAUAAUUAUUAUUUUUAAAAAAUAAUAAUACAAUGAGUGCCUGCAACGAUCUUUCGAUUUCUCAUAUAUAUGUAAAUAAGCCAUUUUUUAGAUUAAUAUAAUUAUUUUUAUUUCCAGUAAUUUAUUUUUCAAAUUUGUAUUUAAAAAUCAUUUUUUAAAUUAAAAUUUUUUUUUUAUUGCAGUUAUUUAAUAAUUUAUAGAAAUUACAAUUUAAAAGUUUGUAUUUUUUUUUUUUGCUUCACAUUCUUCCGCUUUUUUCUAUUUUUCUAUUUUUUUUUCACUUAAAAAAAAAAACGCGAGUUUCUGGGACUGUGUAAAUAAUUAUUUGUAAAUAAUGUAAAACGUAAAAUUUAUCGUUAAAUAGAAAUUUAAAAAAAAUAUAUAUAUAUAUAUUAUUAACAAUCUCCGUAAAGGUGAGAAAGAAUUUAUCGAUUAUCGUUAGAAUUGACACUUUUUAAAGAAUGAAAUAAUGCUAUUUGUAAAAAAAAAAGCGUUCCUCUAUAUACAUGUAUUAUAGUAGUGUUUCUUUAAAAUUCGUCUUCCUUAUAAAAAAAAAAAAAAAAAACUUUUCCAUCGCAAUAUUAUAUGAAAAUUUUCUCUCUGUAUUAAAAAGAAAAAAAAAAGGAAACCAAAAAUAUUCCCUCCGCUAGCUAAAUAAAAAAUAAAAAAAAAACUGUAUAUAAAAAUUAGCGCAAAAAAAUAUUUAAAACGCUUUAUUUCUGUCCAAUUUUUGUGUAGUUUGAAAAUUCGUCGAUCACAGCUUUACACGUGUAUGUGUCGAAGAAUGUUGAAAAAAAAAUUGAUAAAUUAAAAAAAAAAUACAUAAAAUACAAAUUUGUUUUCUUUUAAAA